AUGUCGUUAAAACAUUUUAUUCACGAUCCUACGCACCUGGUCAAUACAGCGCUUCUGAGCAUCCCAAAGACGAAUCCGUCCGUGCAAUGCGAUAUCGAGAAUAAGAUCAUAUAUCGCAAGAAUGGCGCGUCACAGGUGUCCAUCGUCUCUGGUGGUGGUAGCGGCCACGAGCCUUCUUUCGCUUCCUUCGUUGGCGCAGGACUUCUUUCCGGCGCGGUAGCAGGUACUAUAUUUGCAUCUCCAAGCGCAGAGCAAAUACGAAGGUGUAUCUUGCAUCGCAUUCAGAAAGACAAGGGCGUCCUCGUGAUUGUAAUGAACUACACCGGCGACGUGCUGAAUUUUGGUAUGGCCGUAGAGAAGGCACGUGCUGCUGGCAUCGAGGCCGACAUGGUGGUUGUGGGUGACGACGCUGGUGUAGGGCGGGCCAAGGGUGGAAAAGUAGGGCGAAGAGGCAUCGCCGGAACCGUGCUUGUUCAGAAAAUUGCUGGAGCGCUUGCAGCAAAAGGAGCGAGUCUCAAGGAUGUAACGCGAGUAGCGCAACUCGUCGCCGACAAUACCGUCUCAAUUGGAUCUUCACUAGCACAUGUCCACGUACCAGGCCGCCGAGAGCCUGAAGAGGAUGAGUUGAAAGACGGCCAAGUCGAGAUCGGGAUGGGCAUUCAUAAUGAGGCUGGCUCGGAGCGCAAAUCUACCGAUCUUCCCGGUCUCGUGAAAACCAUGCUUUCCCACUGUCUCGAUGUCGCAGACAAAGAUCGAAGCUUCUCUUCUAUAAAUGCAGAGGACGAGGUUGUGCUAUUGAUCAAUAACCUAGGAGGAGUCAGUCCGCUCGAGCUGAGCGGUAUCACGAACGAGGUUGUCGAGCAACUGGCGAACAACUUCAAAAUCAAACCUGUGCGCAUACUUGCCGGUACUUUCAUGACCAGUUUGAAUGGACUCGGAUUUAGCAUCAGCAUGCUCAAAGUCACCGAUACACAAUCACUAGGCGCUUCCAUGCUUGAGUUACUCGAUGCACCUGCUGAGGCGAGUGGUUGGGCUGCAGCAAUCAGUAGUAGCACAUGGGCAAGACGUGACGAGGCAAAGAAAAAUGAAGAAAAGGUAGACGAAGAAGAAGUCUUGCCCAGUGAUUUGAGAAUAAACUACACCCAAGCGAAGUCAGUAUUGACAACUGCACUGAACAGACUGAUAGCUGCCGAGCCUGAUGUCACUAAAUAUGACACGAUUGUAGGAGAUGGCGAUUGUGGAAUCGGACUGAAACGUGGCGCAGAAGCAAUUCUGAAGAUGCUCGAAACGGCAAAGGAAACAGAUGAUCUGCUGAUCCUCGUAAACAACAUCAUUCAAGUGGUUGAAGUAGCAAUGGACGGGACGUCAGGCGCAAUUUACGCCAUCUUCUUGAAUGCACUAGCCCAUGGAUUACGAAAGGAUUCGCCUUCUUUCCCUCAACCCGUCACUCCUACAAUUUGGGCCAAGGCUCUCGACUCAUCCCUAAAAGCACUUGGCAAGUAUACGCCUGCAAAGCCCGGCGAUCGAACGUUAAUGGAUGCUUUGUAUCCAUUCAUUGAGACACUAUCCAAGACAGAAGAUGUCGACAAAGCAGCUGCAGCGGCGCAGGGAGGAGCGCAGGGAACGAAAGGAAUGAAAGCGAGCUUGGGGCGGACGGUGUACGUUGGAGGUGAAGGUUUCCAAGAAGUUCCCGACCCUGGUGCGCACGGUCUUGCAGAACUUCUGCUGGGCCUGAGUGAUGGAUUGAAGAAGUAA